AGGGGUCCCAGGUCUGAGGACUCAGGGUUCUGGGAGAAGUCAGAGUCGGGCUUGUCCCUGGGUCCACAUCUGUUAGAUGCUGGGUUUGGGAGUUCUUUGCAGGAUUCAUAAAGAAACUCCUGCUGCUCUUCCACAUACUUUUUCCCAGAAAGGAGAACUUUUUCCACUGGCAGAAAAGACCUCCGCUGGUGAAGGCAGGCCCAUCACCCACAUUUAUACACAUCCAGUGUUCCUCUGAUUUGUGGUGUCUGUUCAGGAAUGGUUGCCUGGAGGACCUCCAAAGGAGCCAAGGUGGCCUGAAGAUCAUGAACGUGUCUUCCGAGCACUGCAACACGUCACAUUGGCCGAGACUGGAAGCAACAGUGAAGGCCUCUGUAUACGUGGUGGCUUUCUGCUUUGCCACCUUCACCACAGUCCUCAUCGUCUCCAUAGUGUCACAGAACUCCAAGAUGAGAAGGGAGGUCCGAUACAUCCUGCUUUGCCACCACCUGCUGUGCAUCUCCUCCUACUGUGGCCUGGGGGUGGUUUUCCAGGGGAUGCGGGCCAUGCUGGCCAACAGCUCCCUGCUGAUGUGCUGGGUGGUAUUCGGGGCACAGCUCAGUGUUGGGGAAGGGAUUCUCUUCACUCUGGCCCUGAUGGCUGUCCACACCUACCUAGUGAUUUGCUGGCCUUUGAAAUCUCUGUCCUUUGUAGAUUCAGUUAAAUACCGGAUUCUGGCUGGGAUCUGGGUAAUCAUUAUACUGAAGAAUGUUUGCUUAUUCUUCAUAGAGGGCACUAACUCCACUUGGGUUGCUCUUUUAAAACCUGAACCCCUUUGCCCGGUGAUCUUGAAUGGCAUUCCUGCCAGAGCCAUCGGCAUGGCUUUCCUUUUCCUCCUUCUGUCUAUCAUUCUUCUAAGUUACUCUCUGAUAUACAAAGAAGGGAAACGGGCUGGCCACUUUAAUCAGUCCAAUAUCAAGGCAAGGAAAACAGUCCUUAUCCAUUUAAUGCAGUUGGGUUUGCAUGUAAUACCAACCCUGUCAUUCAUAGGUUUGGGAAAGAAGUGUGGCGUGUUUUUCUCUGCUUUAAAUCUGGUGCUCUUUGCAGUCUUUGCAUUUGCCCAGUGUUUUAACCCUCUGAUCUAUGGACUCUGGAAUAGAGAGCUGCAAAGCAGAUUAUACUAUAGGAUGUGCUGUCAACAGCAGUGUGGCCACACGAUGAACAGCAGAGGGACAGUUUAAACCAAAAUUGAGCCAUUUUAAAUCAAUAAUGCUAGUCUUAAUGAAUGGACCGUCAGCUAAGGUGGAAGAUUUGCUGUUUAUUCAAAAUUGAUGCCUCAAUUUGAUUUUGAAAGUAAUAUGAGCAAAUCAAACUUAUUCACCUGGCUUAGAAACCGUGUUGCUGUAUACACUGAGUUGGCCUCCGUGAAAUCAUUUCAUGUCUUUAAACUGAGAUUAGCAUUUGGGGCAGCAUGCCUUUCUGUGUUUUAGGAGUUGGUCAGCUUUUGAGAAUGCACUUGUUUUUAGAAACUGAGAUAGAGUCCAUGGUUGAUAGGAGGAGAAGUUUGGAUCUUCCCCUUAUAUUAAUUAGCGGUAGAUUUGGCUACAUAUAAUAACAAGUCAGAAACAAAAUAAUAGUGAGUAUAAAAAGUUAGAGACUGAUUUUUUUUCUUAUGUAAAAGAAAUCCGGAGAUAACACAAUCCAGGCUUAUGUGGCCACUCUGCAGGCCACAGGCUUAUUCUCUUCUACUCUACUCUGUGGUUAGUUUACUACCUCAUGACCCAAGAUGGCUAAUAGUGCUCCUGUCAUCACAUUUGCACUCCAGCCAACAGGAAGGAGGAAGGGGCAAAGAAAUCUCCAUACCUUCCUUCUAAAGACAAUUUCUAGAAGUUAAGCAACACUUUUUCUUACAUCUAACUGGCCAAAAUUUAGUCAUGUAGUUAUGACCUAGAUUUAAGGGAGAGUGGGAGGAAAUUUUAGUAGGGUAGCAGUGUCUCCAGCUAAAAAUUGGGGUCAUUAAUACCAGGAAAGGAAAGAAAAAUGGAUAUUAGGAGGCAAAAUUAU